AUGGAAGCACUGAGCAGAGGGAGCUUCAUUUAUGAAAACAUCGCCAAGAAGAAGUUGUCGCCUGAAGAGCUGCUUUACGUAUCUGAGGGAGAAGAGGCGUUAGCGAGAGCGGAGCUGCGAGGUUUGCGAAGGGCCAAGAUGGCGAGAGUGGGGUCCAGCGUGCUCAAUGGGUUACUGGUAUUGGCGAAUGGUUUUUUUCUUUACCAAGACACUUAUGCUCUGGCACAGGGAACAGAGACCGAGCUGUCGCACUGGAUACGAGCCUGGUCUGCUCUGUGGCGCGUCGAGAUCGAAGCGUUUCAGAAACGUCACAAUUCUCAGUGUGAAGCUCAGAAGGAUUAUGAGGCCAAUCAGGAGUCUCUGAAUCCACCGAUGACGACGUCUUUCUGUGCGAAGAUCCUGGCGUUCAGAGGAACGACGGGAAACAUCCUGAAACAGAAGGAACGUUGA